CUGCAACCCUGCACAAAUCCAAUUCAAGUAAUCACAGUUGCAUUGAAGAGAUAUCAGCUUCUUUGAAUAUCAGAAUAUCAAUAUCAGCUUUUUCGAAUUGAAGAUUAUCAGAGAUAUAUAUUGAGAGAUCAGAAAUGGCUCAGUAUGGAGAUCAACAUCACUACGGCCGGCGGACGGACGAGUACGGCAACCCCGUGCGCCAGACUGACGAGUGGGGGAAUCCCGUCGGUGACAAAGACGUGUGGGGAAACCCCGUCCGCCACCAAACUGACGACUACGGCAACCCUGUCCACCACGGCACCGGUGGCACCAUGGGACAGUAUGAAAACACCACCGCAGCCACCGGGCCGACAGGCGGCACUUACGGUGGUACAACUGGCACGGCCGCUUACGGUACCACCGGCAUAGGCGGUGUGGUUGGGGAGCACUACAGGCCACAUGAAACAGCCGGGAGGGAGCACCAUGGUACUGUCGGAGGCAUCCUCCGCCGCUCUGGGAGCUCCAGCUCUAGCUCUUCGGAGGAUGACGGGCAUGGUGGAAGGAGGAAGAAGGGGAUGAAGGAGAAGAUAAAGGAGAAACUCCCAGGCGGUGGUCAUAAGGAUCAAGAUUAUUAUCAGUCGCAAUCCACCACCACCACUACUGGCGGCUAUGGCGGUACCGGUUAUGGAGGAGAAGAGCAUCACGAGAAGAAGGGUAUUAUGGAAAAGAUUAAGGAGAAGCUCCCCGGCCAUCAUUAAACCAACACCCUUAGCUUAAUUUCCGAUCACAUAUUCCAUCCUCAUACAAUAUUAUAAUAAAUAAGGCUGUCCCGGCCCAUCUUUAAUGGUAUAGGAAAUAUAUAUAAUAAUAAUAAUGUUAAUCUUGUAUUUUGUAUGUUUUGUGGGGGGUGUCCCGUGGUUGUAAGCACGGUGGUAUGGCCAUAUUUACUUUGCUACUCCACCAUAUCACUUCUGAGGAUGUAUUAUAUUGAAGGAGAAUAAUAUAUAUGAUGUUUUUAUGUUUACUGUA